AUGGCUGCAAUUCCAUCACAACUAGUUUCAAUUCCUGAAAAAACCAUUGUGAAGCCUUCUUCACCCUCCCCUAAUUCUCUCAAGUACCACAAGCUCUCUUUCAUUGACCAAUCUUUGAGUCAUUUAUACAUUCCUCUAGUAUUUUUCUAUAAUAAACAUGAGCAACAUGUACAUGAACUUGACCAAAUAACUAACACAUUACAGACUUCUCUAGCAACAACACUAGCCUCAUACUACCCUUAUGCAGGUACUAUGAAAGACAGUUCUGCCACGGUUGAAUGCAACUACAAGGGAGUCGAUUUUUACAACGUUCACAUACCGCGUCCAAUGUCUGAAAUCCUAAAUCACCCUUAUGAUCAUCAUAAUACAGAAAGCUGCAAUGUCUUCCCAAAAGGUUUGCCUUGGAAGAAUUCGUUUGAUGGAAGUCUACUCGUGGCUCAGUUAAGCCAUUUCGAUUGUGGGGGAAUUGCAGUAAGUGCAUGUUUGUCACAUAAGAUUGGUGAUGGUAGCUCAGUAGCUAGUUUCUUGCAUGAUUGGGCUAGGGUAACUCGCGAUCCAAACAUUAUCCCUCGUCCUAAGUUCAUUGGAGAUUCUAUAUUUCCAUCGCGCAAUAUUCCUAUGUUUGAUCCUGUUUUUCAGUCCAAUACAGAGAAAUGUGCACAUAGGAAGUUCCUUUUCUCUGGCUCCAAAUUACGCGCGCCCAGAGCAAUAGUUGCAGUCGAAUCAGGGAUCAAGAAUCCUACGCGAUCAGAAGUAGUGAUUGCAAUUAUGUUCAAAUUCGCCACAAAAGCAGCAUCAAGAAUCAACAAUUCUGUUUCACUUCGCCCAUCCAUGAUGUUAAACGAUGUUGAUAUACGCCCUCUUGUCGUUCCCGUUGUAAUCUCUUGA